AUGAAUCAUCAGGUCCCGAUACGAGUUGAUGGUAGAUUCAGACUCGGAGAUGUUGUGGGAUCUGGUUCAUAUGCUGUUGUAUACCAUGGAUGGAACAUCAUCCAAGAUGAUGCAGUUGCGAUCAAACUCGAACCCAUCGUCAGCCAGUCAUCUUCUGUACAGCAUGAAUACACCAUUUUGAAACGACUUGAAGGUGGAGUUGGGAUACCCUGCGCCCUCUGGUUCAGUAGAGAGGCAACAUAUCACACAUUGGUUCUUGACCUCCUUGGGCCAUCACUGCAAGAUCUUUUCCUCGCACACAAUCGAAAAUUCAACCUUCACACUGUCGUGAAUCUAGGAGACCAACUGCUCUCACGUCUCGAAUACAUCCAUGCACACAAUUACGUUCACGGUGAUAUCAAACCGCAGAAUGUCUUGGUGGGUCUUGGCCAUUUGAGGCACACUGCAUAUAUUAUUGAUUUUGGUAUUGCAAAGGAAUACUGGAACACUGCAACCAGAGUCCAUAUCCCAUUCCAUCAGAAUCGAAGUCUCACUGGCACUCCUGCGUUCGCUUCGAUCAACAAUCACUUAGGAGUUGACCCGGGUUGUCAUGACGAUCUCGAGUCACUUACAUACAUGUUGAUCUAUUUGUUGCGCGGCUCCCUUCCAUGGUUAACCAGUGACCAUGAGAAGCUAUCCAGCUCUUCUAUUCUCGAGUGCAAGGUCAACACCACCAUUGAAGUUCUAUGCGAUGGAAUUCCUGUCGAGUUCGCAAGUAUUCUCAUCUACACGCGCUCUCUUGCGUUCUCAGAGGACCCUGACUAUGGGCAUCUUCGUUCAUUGCUUCACGGUCUUCAAGCCACAUUGUCCGCACCAGCUACGUGCUCACUGGAUUUCUCCCAACCUAAUGAUCACAUCAUACAUCCCCUUCCAAUCUCCAAUGAACAUUGGAUUGCCGAGGCAGCGCCCCCACUGGCAUGUCCACCAGAUGCAACACCUCUUCGCAAAUCGACUUGUGUGUGA